AUGCCCAGGUGGCUAAAGUCGCUCUCCAGCCUCGUCAGACGCGAGCCCCCGGAGAAUCCACUCAGCCCCUUUAUCAAGCGCACAGUUCCUGGCAAGCCUCCUUUUGGGCUGCCAGAGGGACAUCCCAACGUCGAGGCUUUCUAUGAUGAUCACAAAGGCUACUACUUCAGGACGUUUAGGACGGGAAAAGAUUCGGACCCGAGAGUCUCGACGACUCGUAUAGAUAUGGUCAAGGCCUGGGGUUACGCGACAUAUGUCGUGACUUUCUUCUGUGGGCUGAUAGAUGCUAUGGAGAACGCGGAAGAGAAGAUAUACGAAGCUGAAUUGAAGGAGGCUUGGAAGAUUGUCGACUUGUAUCGUAGCUACCAGAGCGAGCUCAGCUAUACCAUGGACGCGUUCCUCGACUUGGAACUAGGCCACGCUCUGCCUGAACGAACCUGGGCCCCAAUCCCAGGUCCAGUCGAUUACGACAGAAUCCUCCAGGUUGAAGAAUCGAUUCUUCGCCCAACACAGCACAUCAAAGGUCGCGAUGUCCCUCUCAUCACUCCUCUCUUCAUCUUCCUCACUCUACAUAUCCUCGGUUUGCAAGAAGAAGGAUUUCCGCCCAAGUGGUUGUCGCUGUGGGAUAGAUUCAAGCCGGACAAGAAAUUCUGCUAUUCAUUCCCCAAUGACAAGCCGUUGAAACAAAAAGAGAUUGCUAUCAAGGACAAGGGUGGAGCGGUUUGGGUGCGAAGGUAA